GGAUUGCUUGUGACUUUUUGGUAGCUUUUUUUUUUUUUUUUUUUAAAUUAACUCCCCCAAAUAGAAUUUGAAGAACGGUCUCUUUGAAGACGAAGAAAGUUUUGCAUAUGUUGUGAGACUUUCUCCCCUUCCACGCUGAUUGAAGGCAGGACUGAACAGGGGUGGCUGAGAUUGCGCAAGGCUUUGAGUGGCGGGGGGAAGCCGAGGCAGGAGUCCAGCCACAGAAAGAGGUCCUGGUGGGGGGGAAGAGGAGGAGGAGGUGCCUCCAGCCUGUCCCCUGCACGCAGAUGGAUUCUUCAUGUUUGCUGAAGAGGAGACAGUCAGCUCGGAGCUCCUGCACGCUGUGACCACAAGGCGCUAAAACAUGACACGGUGCCGUGGAUGGAGAAGUCCAUUAUUGACCCGGCGGGGGGCGGGCACUCUUCUUGACCUGCCGCGUGCGCACCUCUGCGUGUCAUCCGGUGGGACUCGAUGGAGGAAUCGGAGGAAGGAGAGACCAGAGACGACCUCUGUGAUGUUGGCGGAGGUGCUGCUGUGGGUGCUCCUGUUUCUGUUGCCUCUGGUUGAUGGAACUCGCGUUAAAGCCGAUGCCGGCGUGGACUCGGGUCACAUGGCGAGCCUGCUGGGUGACCAGGAGGAGCGACAACUUCCCGUCCUGCCAGAGGUGAUGGAGGACGAGGAGCAGGAAGUCGAUAACUACCCGUACUCUCCUUGGCAUCUUCUGUAUGAGCCCUCUGUUGUUGAUGAAGCGGACGACCAUCCGAGCGCUCGCUGGGUCGGCCGCACAGCGCGUUCCUCGGACCCCUCCGACCCUCAACUGAAAGGCUCGCCUAAGAAAAAGAAGAAGAGGAAGAAGAAAGAAAAGGACGACGUUGAGGACGCGGGGAAGGGGGACGGAAAAGGCCGAGGUAAACACAAGAAGCCCAAGCAAAGCAGCAGGGACUGCCACGUGGAGAAGCGAGAGAUGAAAGUCCGUGAUCUGGGACUGGGCUUCGACUCGGACGAGAUCGUCCUCUUCAAGUUUUGCGUGGGCACCUGCCAGUCUUCCAGGACUAACUACGACCUGGCGCUGAAAACCUUACUGCAGAACAACUCGCUCCCGCGACGCACCGCCCGCAAAGUCAGCAACCACCCUUGCUGCCGACCCGAGCGCUACGAGCCCGUGUCCUUCAUGGACGCGCAGACUACGUGGAGGACCAUCCAGUCCUUAUCUGCCGCCAGCUGCAUUUGUAUGGGCUGAAGUGACUGAACACAUGGGAGGAGUUUAAAAAAUACACCAAAGACUGAUAAAACAGGACGUGAUGGAAGCCACUUCCUGUUUGUUUUUGCCUGUCGUGGAGGACAAGGUCUGGGUGUGGCACAUUACUAGGUCAGUGUUUCCCAACCUUUAUUGAGCCAAGACACUUUUUUAAAAAUAAAAUGUCACAAAAAGUGGAUACAUAACAAUUCUACCUUCUGCCGUCAGAGCCUGUCACUAUAUGUUGCUGGCAUAAAUAGAUGAACAAAGAUACAUUAGUCAUCAUGAAUGAAAAAUUCAAAUUUGGAUCGUUUUCCACGGCACUCACAGAACACUGGUUGGGAAUCACUGGACUAGGGGGCAAAGGUCACUAUCAGAGCCAAGGUGGAGGCUUCAGAAAGCAGCUUGAGCUUUUAUUCAAUCUUCUUGUCAUCCAGGUAAAGGUCCAUGUACAAGUGCACUAUUUCUAUAAACUUUGAUAACAUUUUAACAACAAAAAUCAUCAUUUGCUUAUGUGAAAAUUAGCUUCCCUACAUUUUCAGCAAAGAAAUCAGAGUUAAAAGAACUAAUUGUCCCAACUUCAAGUCAUAAGUAAAAUCAACUCCGCAAAAUGUUUUUGAGCAAAUUGCUUUGUUAUGCUAACUAAAAUUGUUGCGCAAAAUGAUAAUAUUUCAUAUAUUUUAAAGUUGUCCCAACUUAAAUUACUGAUUUAGACCCCCCAAAAAUUGGAUAUUUUACAUUGCACUAGUGCGCAGAUUUCUUUUUUUUUUUUUAACCACUGAGUACAAAGAGCAUUCUAGUACAUGGACCUAAAACUCAAAUAAAUGCUCCAAAUACUUUCCCCAGGAAGGCCGUGAUGAAGCCAGAAUAUGGAUUUCUUGUUACGAACCAACACUUUUCCUCAAGCCACGUAUUUUGCAGACUCACAGGAUGGACAUUGUGAACGUGACUGCUUUGAUUUUGAACAUACGUGAUUCCCCAAAGUCUGAGACUCAAGCGACAGUACGAGCACCGACCGAGUGUUUAUCUUUUAAAAAAAAACAAGGUGACAGACGGAGGUGAAAUGUUCAAUAUUUACUACUCACAGAGAUGUCAGCUCUUCCCAGAAGUUCAAUAACAAGUAAAUGGGUUCAACGUUCAAGUGAGCUCAGCCGAAUGGAUGCCAUGCAUCUUCACGUAUUACUGUAUAAAAGUAAAAUAUAUUUAUUUCUGAUAAAUUAUUUAUUUAUUAUAGCUUCGUAUGAGAGCUGUUUUAUUCCACUAUGUAUUGAAGAUGUAUCUAUUUAUUGCCAAAAGUCAGAUUUCAUAUUAUCUCUGCUCCCGCAUUUCACAAUGUACAUAGUACUUCAUAAAGGUGCUGUAUCUCUUUUCAGAGUAGUCCAACUCCUCACAAAAGACGUCAGACCUUGUAGCUGAUGCAAGCAAGGGCUCACCUCUGGAUUUGUUUUUGUGAAAACAACAGCUUGAUAAAAACUUCACCACAAACGGACGUCCAGUGGAAUGACAUUGUGUGCAUAAUAAAUACCCUUGCAUAAAA